AUGAAGAAGAAAUUGUAUUAAUGUGUACCCUAAGAUUUAAAAUGGAAAGAAGAUAAAAUGAUCAUUUAAUCCUAAUUUAAAAAAGAGAAUGAUGAAAUUUGCUAUCUCUUAGGGUUCAAUAAUUAUAUCAUAAUUACGAAAGUAAUGAAAGUUUUUCAACCAUAGGAUCUGUAGCAAUAGCCAAAGAAAUACAUACAUCUAGAUUUUGAUAUCAAGUUUGAAAUUUUGAGGGAGAAUCAGGUCAAAUAAGGUGAUGAGGAUGAUUCUUUGGGUUAAAUUAAAGGAAUAAGCCUAAUUAAAGAUCUUGGCAAUGAAACAAUAACUUAUAAGAAGUACCUUGGAGGAGAGAAAAUAAUCAAGUAAUGGCGGGAGUACUUGAGUAACAGGAUAAACUAAUGGCAAUUUCACCAAAUGUUUAAAGUUUACAAAAAAAUUGGGAAGGGUAAUUUUGCAUCAGUUUAUUUGGCAUAGAAAAUUGAGGAUUAGAAGAAAAUGGCAAUUAAAGCAUUUUCUAAGCAAGCAGCAUAUGCGGAGGAAUAGGGCAAAGAAGCUAUUGUAAACGAGUUAAAGAUAAUGAGAUAACUAAAUCAUGCGCAUAUAAUGUAGAUGCAUGAGGUAUAUGAAACCUCAAAUUCACUAUAUGUGGCGCUUGAAUUGUUAGAAGGAGGCUCUUUGUAUGAUUUGAUAAAAGAGAAGACAUUACUGUCAACUACCUAGAUUUAAUAGAUUAUGGUGGGAGUGUUGUAAGGAUUACAUCACAUGCAUUAAAAAAAGAUCAUGCAUCGAGAUCUAAAACUAGAAAACAUUCUGUUUAAACAAUAAAAAUAAAUGGAUUCAGUUGUUAUUGCUGAUUUUGGAUUGGCAACUAAGGUUGAUGAACCUGUAUAUUUGUAUUAUAGAUGCGGUACUCCUGGUUAUGUUGCUCCUGAAGUUAUAAACAUCAAGGAUGUAUAAGGACAUUAUAGUGAAGUUUGUGAUAUCUUCAGUCUUGGACUUGUGUUUUACUUAUUGUUAUCUGGGAAAUAGGCAUUUCCUGGUAAAUCUUAUGGGACUGUUGUCAAAUAAAAUAGAGAAGCUGUAAUUGAUUUUAAGAUUAAACAAUUGCAAUAAGCACCUAGUUAAGCUUUGGAUCUAAUGAAGAAGAUGCUUGAGAGAGAUCCAAAUAAAAGAGUCUCUGCUACUGAUUGUUUAAAGCAUCCUUUCCUUGCUGAAAUGAAUAAUCAAAUGGCAGAUGAUUUUGUAAAUGAUUCAUUCGAUGAAAUUGAUGAAAUUGGAGAAGUUGCUUUGAGAAUGAAUGCAUUAAACGAAGAAACCAUCAAAUUUGAUGCUUUCAGACGAAAUGCAAUCCUAAAUUCUCCGGGCUCACCAGGAAUUUUAGACACAAAAUAAUUAAAGUAACAGAAAGUUAUAGACUCUUUAAAUCAACUUUAAAUGAACUCUCCUUUGCUUAAUGGAAAAACUGAUACUUUCGAUAGUAUACCCAAUAUUGGCACUCCCAAAAAUAAGCAAUGCUAAAAUGGUUUUUAAUAAUCACCUAUGAUUAAACAUUCGUAAUUUAAAAAAUCUAUUCCAUUAUAGUAAUAAAAUCAAGAUAACCCAUUAUAAAAAUACUCAUAAUAAUAAAAAAAUUGAUAAAAACUCAAUAUAUUAAAUUUUAAAAUAUAAUAAUAUUUUUUA